AUGCGUCUGUCCGAGCUUCUUCGUCCCUCGUUUGCCUCGUUUUUUGGAUGUGAUUGUUCCCAAAUUUCCAACAACUGCUUCUUCCUAUCCGUAGUCUAUUGGGUAGGCAGUACACGACACCUAUCGAACAAACUGGACGCACUAUCCGGAUCCCGAAUCCAAGGAACCCCAAUCCUAGCUUUAUCCAACUAUUACCGCCAACAACAAACCACUUGUUCACCUCCACCGCCGGCACUAGAGCCCACGAACCCAUCUUUUACCGCCCUCGUCCAUGCACGUCAACGACCGCUUUUACCAUCCGAUGCCGUAACAAGAGUUCGACGCCCGUUGGACCACUCCUCGAUCGAGAUCGCGACCCCUCGAGAUGCUUGUUGCCCAGCCGCCCAAUCAACCUGUUACGUCUCUGUACCGGAACUGGCUCCUGUCUCGAACGACCCAGGCCUUUUUUCCCAACAGAACCGUUCUCAGGGUCCGCCGCCUUCGUCUCCAGACUCGGAUGGCCGCCCACCGGACCUCGACGCUGCCGCCUCCAGAAACCAAUGUCCGACACUUCCGGCAUCCACUCGUUCGCUUUGUCAUGACCGCCCUGCGCCCUCUGCCGCAGCAGAGCAGAGAACUCUCUUUUACGUCAUUGACUGGUCGCCUUUCACUCCCCGCGGCUUCUCCAACAUUAACAUGCCGGCUGCUAAACGCGCUGUGAAUCUGACGUGGUCUAACGAACCGACGAUGUUACUCCCCGCCGUUCUCGCCUGUGGACCAGUGGUCUGA